UUGGUGGCCGAAGCCCAGCCCAAGACCAGCAUGUCCCUGCAGAGGAUCGUGCGCGUGUCCCUGGAGCACCCCACUAGCGCCGUGUGCGUGGCUGGUGUGGAGACCAUCGUAGACAUUUAUGGGUCGGUCCCCGAGGGCACAGAGAUGUUCGAGGUCUACGGGACCCCCGGCGUGGACAUCUACGUCUGUCCCAGCUUGGAGAGGAGCCGGGAGCGGGCGGACACCCGGCGGUGGCACUUCGACGAGGGUCUGGAGAUCGUGGUGGUCAUGAACUCCCCCAGCAACGACCUCAACGACAGUCACGUGCAGAUCGCCUAUCACUCCAGCCACGAGUCUCUGCCCCUGGCCUACGCAGUGCUCUACCUGACCUGUGUUGACAUCGCCCUGGAUUGUGACCUGAACCGUGGAGACAGGCGGGACGGGGAUUUCGUGGACAAGCGGCAGUGGGUCUGGGGGCCUGGCGGGCAUGGAGCCAUCUUGCUGGUGAACUGUGACCGGGACGAUCGGGGCCGCGAGGCCCAGGACAACUGUGACGAGCACGUGCACUGCCUGCAAGACCUGGAAGACAUGUCCCUCAUGGUCCUGCGGACCCAGGGCCCCGCCGCCCUCUUCGAGGACCACAGGCUCAUCCUGCACACCUCCAGCUCGGAUGCCGCGCGGGCCCGGGUCUUCCACCUCUGCGGUCCCGAGGACGAGUGUGCGGCCUACCGGUGCGUGCUGGGCGGGGACAAGGUGUCCUACGAGGUGCCCCGUCUCCACGGCGACCAGGAGCGCUUCCUCGUCGAGGGCCUCAGCUUCCCCGACGCCGGCUUCCCCGGGCUGCUCUCCUUCCACGUCACCCUGCUGGACGACUCCAACGAGGACUUCUCCGAGGCCCCCGUCUUCACGGACACCGUGCUGUUCCGCGUGGCGCCCUGGAUCAUGACGCCCAGCACGCAGCCGCCCCUGGAGGUGUACGUGUGCCGCGUGAGGAACAACACGAGUUUCGUGGAAGCCGUGGCGGAGCUGGCCCGGAAGGCCGGCUGCAAGCUGACCGUCUGCCCGCAGACCGAGAACCGCAAUGACCGCUGGAUCCAGCUGGGCGUGUCCCCUCCUGGGCAGGACGAGAUGGAGCUGGGCUACGUCCAGGCACCGCACAAGACCUUCCCAGUGGUCUUCGACUCCCCGCGGAAUGGGGAACUGCAGGACUUUCCUCACAAGAGAAUCCUGGGGCAGGACUUCGGCUACGUGACCCGGGAGCCGCGGGACAGGUCCGUGAGUGGCCUGGACUCCUUCGGGAACCUGGAGGUCAGCCCCCCGGUGGUGGCCAACGGGAAGGAGUACCCCCUGGGAAGGAUCCUCAUCGGGGGCAACCUGCCCGGGUCGAGUGGCCGCCGGGUCACCCAGGUGGUGCGGGACUUCCUCCACGCCCAGAAGGUGCAGCCGCCUGUGGAGCUCUUUGUGGACUGGCUGGCCGUGGGCCACGUGGACGAGUUCCUGAGCUUCGUCCCUGCCCCCGACGGGAAGGGCUUCCGGAUGCUGCUGGCCAGCCCUGGCGCCUGCUUCAGGCUCUUCCAGGAGAGGAAGAAGCGGGGCCACGGCCGGGCCCUCCUGUUCGAGGGCGUCGCUGGCGACGGGCGGGUCAGGACCAUCUCCAUCAACCAGGUCCUCUCCAACGAAAACCUCAUCAGCUUUAAUAAGUUUGUGCAGAGCUGCAUCGACUGGAAUCGCGAGGUGCUGAAGCGGGAGCUGGGCCUGGCCGAGCGGGACAUCAUCGACAUCCCUCAACUCUUCAAGUCCGAGAGGAGAAAGGCCACAGCCUUCUUCCCUGAUCUGGUGAACAUGCUGGUGCUGGGCCGGCACCUGGGCAUCCCCAAGCCCUUCGGGCCGGUCAUCGACGGCCGCUGCUGCCUGGAGGAGCGGGUGCGCGCGCUGCUGGAGCCGCUGGGCCUGCACUGCACCUUCAUCGACGACUUCACGCCCUACCACAUGCUGCACGGGGAGGUGCACUGCGGCACCAACGUGCGCCGCCAGCCCUUCUCCUUCAAGUGGUGGCACAUGGAGCCCUGAGCCCUCCCGCCAGCCUCCCCGCCCCCUGGCAAUGGAGACUGAGCCCCCGAACGAGCAUCCAGAGACCCCCAGGUUCCAGACCAAACGCCAGGGUGACCCGUCCCUCUCGGAAACCUUUCCCUAGAAGCGUCCACCCCUCACCUGCAGCCCAUUUGGUUCUCAGGCUUGAAUCUUCUUGGCCUCCCACAAAGAAGGACCUCUUUUCUUGUGGUCUCUCCGGUGAAUCCGUGUGACCUAUGGGGACUCCCUGCAGAAGUCCCUUCACCUCAGAUUCCUUUGUUUGGGGGAGAAUUCACUUUGAGGUCUAGAAGCUUCCACUCAUCUCAUCGGCCAUCGUGGCCUGUGUGUCCUAGGGGGAAGGCCCUGGGGUUCUGCUUUGGCCUGACUUCCUCCCCUGCAGCAGGGACAUGACCACUCCACCCAGGGCAGGAGAGAUCCUGCCUAAAGCCACCCCCAUAGGGAGGGAACUGGGGGUUCAUUUAGGACAAGGUGGCCCCUCCCAGCUCCCGGCCAGGGCGUGAACUCUGUCCCACCCGCCGGAGCCUUCAGGUGGCAGGGGCCUCGUGUGGGAGUGGUCGUUGUCUCUUGGCCUUGUACACAUGCCCCAGCAUGUGACAUACAGAAACCUGACUGUCCAAAAUCCUCCUGGAAUUUCUUGGAUGUGAACGUACCCUUGGGAAUUGGUGGAGGUGGGAAAGACUGGGUAUGAGGAUGGGAAGUGUCUUUCAUCGCUCACUGGGUUGACCCUGGUGGUCACCUUCUGAACAAGGAUGCUUCCUUGGUCCUGGGACCUCUCUGCGCAGGGGGACCCCCCAGUGGCUUGGCCCUGGCCGAGGCUUCUGUUGACCUCGGGUCAGGGUUUCCACAUCCUGCCAGGUUGCAGGACGGGUGGACUCCGGGCCUCUCACGCGGGU